AUGACGACCACGAAGUUCUCGCUCCUCAUCCCCCUGUGUCUAGCAGCCCUGGCGCUACUUGUGCAGGCUGAUUCGACUCCCACGAUCACCACCCAAGUGUACUUCGAUGUAGAAAUCGACGGUCAACCCGAGGGUCGCAUCGUCAUGGGUCUCUACGGCGAGGUCGUUCCAAAGACGACGGAGAACUUUCGUGCAUUGUGCACGGGAGAGAUGGGCAUUGGCGAGAGCGGGAAACCCCUCCAUUACAAGGGCAGCAUCUUCCAUCGCAUCAUUCCCCAGUUUAUGGUGCAGGGUGGCGACUUUACUCUCUCUAACGGCAGAGGGGGUGAGAGUAUUUACGGCACCAAGUUUGAAGAUGAGAACUUUGACCUGAAACACGCUGGCAAGGGCACGCUCAGUAUGGCAAACGCCGGCGAGGAUACCAAUGGUAGCCAGUUUUUCAUUUGCACGGUCCAGACUCCGUGGCUCGACGGUCACCACGUCGUCUUCGGACGCGUCGUGGAUGGCAUGGACGUGCUGGACGCGAUGGAAAAAGCGGGCAAUUCAGAUGGAACCCCUUCUAAGGUGGUGACCGUCGCGGACAGCGGGGAGCUGGCCCCUGACGACUUUGUCGAUGUAGAGUAG